UCCAAAUAACAGAGAGCAACUGAUCAAUUCGGAUUUUCUGGGGUAUAAAAGCGCCGGGUCGAGGUUACUGAGCCAUCAAACACAGUUUAGCUCUUAGGGUCAAACCAGCAAAUAAACCAUAAACCAAAUCUCAACCUAAGCCAGGCGAAAAUGUCGAAGAUCAACGUCGUUGUAUUUGUGGCCAUGUCCGUGCUCCUGCUCGCAGUCCAGGCUCGUCCCUCCGAUUCCCCGGAUGCCCAUGCCGAGAUCCGGAGCUUUGUCAACGAGCUGAAGCAGGGGGAUGGCAGCUACAACUACCAGUUCGAGACGUCCAACGGCAUUGCCCAGCAGGAGCAGGGAGUGGGUGGCUACUAUGCCAGCGGCUCAUCGCAGUACUACACACCCGAGGGCCAGCUCAUCCAGUUGACCUACACGGCCGAUGAGAACGGAUUCCAGCCGCAGGGCGAACACCUGCCCACACCGCAUCCCAUUCCCGAGGCCAUCCUCAAGUCGCUGGAGUACAAUCGCAACCACCCGGAGGAGGAUGGCGAGUAUGAGCACCAUCAUGACCACCAUCAUGACCACCAUCAUGGUCAGGAGCAGGGUGCGCAGUAUCUGCAGCCAGCCGGAGCACUGCUCGCACCUGCCUCGUCGCCAGUGGUGUCCGUGGGUCAGGUCCUGCCCUACGACAGGAAGGUAUAA